GGAGGAGGGAGGGGAGCGGGAGGAGGCGGCCAUGGACGACUUGGGCUGCCCGCGGUGCAAGACCACCAAGUACCGCAACCCCUCGCUGAAGCUGAUGGUGAACGUCUGCGGGCACACGCUGUGUGAGAGCUGUGUGGAGCUGCUGUUUGUGAGAGGGGCUGGGAACUGCCAUGAGUGUGACACCCCCCUGAGGAAGAGCAACUUCAGGGUGCAGCUCUUCGAGGACCCUGCUGUCGACAAGGAAGUGGAAAUCCGGAAGAAAGUGCUGAAAAUAUACAAUAAAAGAGAGGAAGACUUUCCCACUCUAGAGGAAUAUAAUGAUUUCUUGGAAGAAAUAGAAGAAAUUGUAUUUAACUUGACCAACAAUGUGGACUUGGAGAACACCAAAAAGAAAAUGGAGCUGUAUCAAAAGGAUAACAAAGAAGUCAUUCAGAAGAAUAAGUUAAAACUGACGCGGGAGCAGGAGGAGCUGGAGGAGGCCCUGGAGGUGGAGCGGCAGGAGAGCGAGCAGAGGCGCCUCUUCAUGCAGAAGGAGGAGCAGCUCCAGCAGAUGAUCAAAAGGAAGAAUAAACAGGCACUCCUGGAUGAUCUGGAGAGCUCUGAUCUUCCUGCCUCUCUGCUCUUAGCUCAGCAUAAGGACAGAUCUACUCAGCUAGAAAUGCAGCUGGAAAAACCCAAACCUGUCAAACCAGUCACGUUUUCCACUGGCAUCAAAAUGGGUCAGCAUAUUUCAUUAGCUCCCAUCCAAAAGUUAGAGGAAACUUUGUAUGAAUAUCAGCCUCUGCAAGUGGAGACCUAUGGACCACAAGUUCCAGAGCUUGAGAUGUUGGGAAAGCUGGGGUACCUCACCCACGUUCGGGCCGCCUCCCCGCAGGACCUGGCCGGGGGCUACACGUCCUCGCUGGCCUGUCACCGGGCCCUGCAGGACGCGUUCAGCGGGCUCUUCUGGCACCCCAGCUAGCCGGGAACACCGGGGGUGACCGAGGGACACCCAGCGGGGCAGGGAGCGACCCAGGGCAGCCGAGGCGGGGCGGGAUCGCUGCCCUGUGCCCCCCUCUGGUGCGAAACCGGCUGCGCUCCUGUGUUCAAGGGAAAAACCAAACCCCUCUGCACCAGAGCUGUGUAAAACGGCAGAAACAUUCUUGUGGAGGGGGAAACUCGUUACUCAUGUGGCACUUUGCUGAGGGAGGCUGAAGCAAUAAGCCACAUCUAAUGGAAGAUGUGAAUAACUCAGCUGUGUGUGUUUGAGGCUUAAAGAAAUACACUUGUAAAUUUUUUUUUAAAUAAAGCCAGACUUUAAUAAA